GCCAUUGUGUUGCAGGGAGAGGCGGCAGGCUUGGCGUGGCAGCCUGUGGGCCCGGCCCCAACUCGGCCCCUGCGGUGGAUCCUCAGUUCCUGGAUGUCUGCGUCGUGAGGGUUGUGCCUUGAGAGAUACAAAGAAUGGAGUCCAAGCCUUCAAGAAUUCCUCGAAGGAUAUCUGUUCAGACCUCCAGCUCUUCACUAGGAUCUAGAACGUUGACUGGAAGCAGUUUAGCUGGUGCAUAUAGUGCAAGAGAAACUUCACGGAGAUUAGAAUCUGGAUACCAGGAAUCCAGUGUAUUGAAUAGUUCCAGUAGAGACUGGGGAAUUGGAGAAAGAGACACUCAUGAAACUCCUUGGAAGCUUACAACGUCCUCUCCAACUCGCUACUCAGGGACACUUGAUCAUCCACAUUCUGGAAGAUUUUUGGGAAGCAGAAACAGAUUGUCUACAUCUUCUUCCUCUCAUUUUACAUCUGGGUGUUAUGGUGAGUCUGAGAGAACUCAGGGAGCAUAUUCAAGACUGCAUAGCCAGCAGCGAGAUAGUGAUUCAAAGAGACCUAAGCUAUCGUGUACAUCUACCUCUUCUGUGAGAAGUAAUGGCUUGACUGCCUUUUCAGAUUCCUCUUGGAGGUACAGUAGGAUUCCUAGAUCUUCAUCAGUGAUGCUUGGCUCCCUUGGAACUGAGCUGGUGAGAGAGCGAAGAGAGUUAGAAAGAAGAACAGAUCUGUCCAUUAAUAACCUGGUGGAUCACAGCUACAGAAACAGUGACUUUUCGUCUUCAACAUAUCUUCAAGACAGGCCUGCCUCUUCGUAUGCAGAGGGAGCAAGACCAAAAGAGAACUCGUUAAGCACUUUGAGGCUGAAUGCAUCCAUGAACCGCCAGUUGCCUUCUGAUCAUCAGCCAUCUUUUUUCAACAGAGACUCUAACAUGAGCUCUUCAAGAUCCAGCUAUUCUUCAAGACAAAGGAGAAACGAAUUGGAAUCUCCCCAGAGGAGCGUGCAGCCAACAUUUUCUCUUACUGCCAUUAGAGAUGAAACUCCUUCCUCCAGUGGUUCUGAAAGGGUUUUAUCUUCUCAGAGGUCAUUGAAUGAGCCUGCAGCUGACAGUGAAGGGAGGCGCACAACCAGACAGCUGCUGUCUCGUUUAGCAUCUAGUAUGUCAUCUACAUUUUUUUCUCGAAGGUCUAGCCAAGACUCGUUGCAUACAAGAUCAUUAGGCUCUGAAGAGUCAACGGUGGUCCCAAGAGUCCAAGCUUCUACUCUGUCAAGCAGUAAUGGAGCUGCAACUCCAGAAGUUCCAGGACUUCAGACAUCUGAAGCUUCUCAGGGAUUUAGUUUUCUUAGACGAAGAUGGGGUUUAUCAGGAGUUUCACAAAAUCAGAAUUAUGAUUCAGAUGGGGAAAGUUACAGACCAGACUCUGAAAGUAGGAGCACAGGUUCCUGGUUAUCAUCAUCUUUGAGGAACAGAUGUACACCUCUCUUUUCCAGAAGAAGAAGAGAAGGAAGAGAUGAAUCCGCAAGGAUCUCUACCUCUGAUACAACUGCUAGAUCACAACACAUCUUCAGAAGAAGAGAGUCAGGUGAGGAGACCUCUCUUGAAGCAUCAGAUAGCCCUUCUCGGGCUUCUGUUAGCAGACCACCAACACCUGCAGUAUCUGGUAUUCCUACAGCUACUGCCUCCCCACCAGAUUCAGCCCACAGUAGGAGAAGUUCUGGAAUUCUGCCUGGUUCUCUCUUUCGCUUUGCAGUGCCUCCAACACUAGGAAGCAGUCUGUCUGACAAUCUUAUGAUAACUGUAGAUAUUAUUCCCUCUGGCUGGAAUCAGUCUGAUGGACAAGAAAUCGGCAAGUCUAAAGUAUCACCUUCAAGAGAUCGAAGACUCCAGAAAAUUAAAGAGAGCCUGCUUUUAGAAGAUUCUGAAGAUGAAGAGGGUGACUUAUGCAGAAUCUGUCAGAUGCCCUCUGCAAGUUCUGACAACCUUUUAAUAGAGCCAUGCAAAUGCACUGGAAGUCUGCAGUAUGUUCACCAGGAGUGCAUGAAAAAAUGGCUCCAGUCCAAGAUUAAUUCAGGUUCUUCUUUGGAAGCGGUAACAACUUGUGAACUGUGCAAGGAGAAGUUGCAUCUGAAUCUGGAAGACUUUGACAUUCAUGAACUCUAUAGGGCACAUGCAAAUGAACAAGCAGACUAUGAAUUUAUCAGCUCUGGUCUCUACCUUGUAGUAUUGUUACACUUAUGUGAGCAGCGCUUUUCUGAUAUGCUAGGAACUGCAAGUGAGGCCAGCACACGUGUCAGAUUUAUUAACCUUGCAAGAACUCUUCAGGCACAUAUGGAAGAUAUUGAAACUUCUGAGGAUGAUUCCGAAGACUGAUGCUGGUAGAACUUUCACACUGCAAGAGACAAAUGGAAUUGCUGCAGAAAUGCUGAACUGGCAAGAACAUCAUCAACGUGCAUUUGGUUUUUUUGCUCUCCUUAGUAAAAAGCGCAUUUAAUAUUACUGUAGUUUUUGAAGCAUCGUUGAAUUAAACAUCAGCUGCUGCACAGUGGAAUUCAGUGGACUUGAGAACUACUCAGCAUGUGCAAGGAUUAGAUACAUAUAAAGCAACUUCCCUUUUUAAAUGAUGAGGAUGAUGUGCUUUGUUUUGGAAGACAUGAGUUUUUGAGUAUUUAAGGAAGCUGUAUCUCCCUUUAUGUUUCCUUCUUACUAUAGUCAGACUUCUGGUUUUGCUAUCCAAUUUUGCUCCUCUACUGGCACUAAGUGGUUAUAGUGGGUUUCAGGGUGAGG